UUCUAUAUUGGUCAUAUUUCUCAACGUUGGUACACUAAUUUGACAGUAGAUUCAACACUUGCAAAUAAGUCUACAAUUGUAUCAAUUUUAAAUGAAGAUUAUAGUACAUUAGAGAACAAUGAACAAAUUAAAUUUUCGCAUCUAGAAAGAUUCAGAAUAAUGAAAAAAGCACUUACCUUAGCUAUUUCUAUAGGCAGAGUAGAAGAGUUUUAUGAAAUGCAUUCGAGUCUUGUUAAUGAAAUGGAAAAUGAAAUUGCAAAAAAUAAGCAUCAAACAAUAGAACAAGGUGAUGAUUUAAGUAAAUUUGCACAUACUAUCAGUAACCCAAUUGGCAUCAAAAUGAAAAGACGAAAAUCAAAGAGAGAAAAAGCUUUCAAUAAUAUUACGAAUAUUAAAGAUCAAAGAAAGAAAAAAAAAAGAUCUGCAGAUAGCGAUAAUGAAGAUCUGAUUAUUAA